AUGGAGAAUAAUUCAGUUUGUAUACUAAAAGAACCAGUAAAUCAUCGUAAUAAAAAAAAAAAACCAUUUUUAACGGAACUUGGAAAAGGAACUGGUAGGAUUUUAGACUUACAGAGCAAAUAAGUGAUUGUUUUUUUCUAACGUAACCAUAGGUGACCGAAAAAUCAACAAAAAUAUAACCAAUGUAUCUUCAUUGAUUGCUAUCGGUUUUUUUUAGCUGUGUAGAAAAUCUGUUGAAAAUACAGGAAAAUAGUUAAAGUUUUUCAUAUUACGACGUAAUUCAUUUUGGGCAUUUUUACUAGUUGAAAAUUUGAGAUUCUGAGUGAAGCGAAGAAGCUUAUAGUUUUACAAAGAUUUUAUUUUUUUUUAUCUAUGCUCAACUUUCUAUCAGUAGCCUCUUUCAGAUUUCUACGUAUAGCACCUUUUCUGAAAGGAAAUCAGCGUGGGAAAGUACUCUGGCGAGAUCAUUUUUCGAUUUUUUUAAGAGUUUUUUCAUAAAAUUUGAAAAACAGAAAAAAUAUAAACGGAAAAAUAUAUAUAUAAGAAAUAUAGGUAUUACUUAAAAUAUUACGGCCUUCUUUUAUUCUGUGCACAACUUUUCUACCAACAAUUUUGCAACUUUUAACGAUAGCAAUGUUUCUGAAAGGAAAUUUCACUAGGCACUUUGGAGAAGUCGUUUUUCGAUUUUCUCAAGAGUUUUCCCAGCAAACGUGAAAAACCGGGAUAAAAAUGGGAAAACCGAGAAAAACAUAGGAAAACUGGGAAAAUCGGUACAACAUUAAAUAAAUAUUAUUAGAGAAAAUAUAUAUAGUCUAUUGAAUUAUUUUAACAUAAAAUUACUUGUAUAUUGUUGACAAAGUAUCACUAUCAGUUGAACUCCGAUUAGAAUCGUUUUUUUUGUAAGCAAUAGUUUAUUAGUGUACAUUGAAUUUUUUAUAACGGUGGCUGCACCCGUCCCCAUUAUCUUAGGACGUCUUUUUUUUUCAUUUAUUUUUAUUAAAUAAAUUAUUUGUUCCGGGAAUUGAAACACGACAAACAAUAUUUGUAUUCAAAGCAUCAUUUAGACCGGUGUUUACAAGAAAGACGGAUGAAUUGUACUUCUUGCAAACGAAUGUAAGCCGACUAUCCUAACAUGCAUAAUAUGAUUAAAUUCAGGAUUGGGAGCGUAUUGACUUAAACAUUUUCGUACGCCAAUGUUCGACCCCAGAGAGAUAAUUUCUAAGGAUCUCCAAAAAUUAUAAGUUGAAAAAAUGUAGUUUCAAAAGUCAAUUCUAAUACAAUAUUUUUUUUUUUAAAAGAACAUAAAACACACACACCAUAGUAACAAUGCAUUCCUUCAUCUGUUUAAAAUCUAAAUAUUGUGGGUUUAAACUGAAACAGUUUUCUUAAAUUGAUUAAAAUAAAGAGCGUUAAAACUGAAAGAGUACAUAAUAUUAUACCCAAAUGUAAUCUUAAAACAAAAAUGAAAUGUAUUAAUAUUUUGUCUACAACUUUCUCAGCUAUAUUCUAAUGUUUUAAUACAAAAAUAAUAAGUUUUUCUCUUAUUUGUUUUAUAAAAGUUGGUGUAUUUAUUUAAAAACGUCUAAUAACUGUACGUUUCUUUGCUUUAUUUCACCUCAGCGAGAUUUCAUUGAUCAAUUUGAAAAUCAAAAGUAUGCACUUAUUUAAGACAGAGUAUAAUACAGAGUAGGGGUAUAAAUUUAAAAAUGGUUUUAAAAUAAAGAUUAAACGAUUUCAUAAUGAUUAGAAAAACCGAAAUCAAAUUCACUUAAAAUUCUCUUUAAGGUAAUUGCUGGAUCAUGAUAAACAAAUGACCUUGUAGUUUUGAAAUAGGUACAUAAAGCAAAGUGCUGUCAUAAUUUUAUUCGAGUUAAUAGUGUUUUCUUAUGAAAAAAUUCCCAUUAUGACUGUAUAUUGACAAUUUGUAAUAUCUGAUACAUUUGCCAAUGAUUCUAGUUUGAGUGCGGCUGGUGAGCAAAAUGUAUUGUUCUAUUUUUGACUCUUUUUUUUUUUUUUUAUUAUUAUUCCGUUUCCCAAUUUACUUCUUUAAACUUACCUAGAGACCAAUUGUCGCGUUACACAAAAGCUACUGACGUACGCACCAAGCGUUUAAUAGGUUGUUGUUUAUUAUUAUUGUUAAUUUCGAAGUUAUGUGUGAAAGCUGGUAAGGCAAUUUAUUUCUUCCUGAUGCAUCCAUUACCCUGACGAAAUUAGUCGAGCAUUGUCGUCAAACGUCAGACCGUCAUAAUUUAUAUUAUUAUGUACAAUUAUUAAUAUUAAAACCAUAGUACGAACAUACACUAUACUAAUUGGAGUUUUUUUUUUUUCUAAUAAUUUAAGGAGAAGAACAGAAAGAAGUUAUUAUACUACGAAAUUAAAGAACCUGAAUGUUAUGAAAAUUUAAAAACUGCAUAUGAAUUAAAAUGUACAAACUCAUAAAAAUGUAUAAUCCAGAAUAUUUUUUGAAGAUUUAACAGUCUGAAACCGACGUUAAAAUUGCGAUAGGUGCAUUGAAAUUUUAAAUAACCACGGCGUUAUAAAUUAUUUGGGUAAUUGAUUCUUGAGAGACGAGGACGUUUUAUGACAUUUAACAAAAAUCCUCAGAUCUUUCACUGUACGAUAAAAUUGUUUUAUGAUAUCCUCUGUUUUAAAGGUAUUAUUAUUAUUAUUAUUAUUUAGCACUUUUUCGCUUACAUUAUUGUUAAUAAUAUCUUUGAUUAUAAUUAAUUGUAUGUGAAUCGCACUCACCUGGAAUUUAAGAACUUUAGAAGUUAACCGUCGCAACACUCUUGGUGUUCAUUUACAAUCUAGGAAACUGGGUGCACUAUGACACAAAGUUUCAUUGAAGUCCUAAUUAUUUUUAUUUGUAUUUUGAUUCAAAUAUAAACUUGAACACUACAAUUUAAGUUUUAAAGAUAAGACAAAAGCGCUACAGAUAGACAAGUUUGACUUUUAUUUUUACAUGAGAUACUCGAGUGUUAUAAAGAAUGUUUGACAUAAUUAUAAUAUAAAAACAAUAAAUAUAAUAUUAAAAUACAUAAAACAUUAAUAUUAUUUCUCUUGAGUAGAUAACAAUAAGAUUUUUGAAAAUUAAAUUUAAAAGCGUUUAUGUAAGUGACCUAUUUAUUAUAGGUAGAUAGGCAUACACCUAUUUAUAAUUUAAUUAACUGCCGUUUAUCCCCAAACUAAAACCCCGAUCGUCUAAAUUUUUUUACCAAACAAAUUUUACUUUUUACAUUUUACGAAAUAUCGUUCAAAACUAAAUUUAUUUAACCUUCUUCAUCUUUGCAUUUAUCCCAAGCUGUGUAUAUAUUGUUAUAAUACGCACGUGUAUAACGUUAAUACAUGUGGACAAAAAAUUAUGAAAAAGUACAUAAUAUGAAAGCUUGCCGCCAUCCUAUAUUUAGAUACGUUUAGAUGACACUAAAUUCGUUUUAUUUACGACUUUAAUCCCCGGGACAUUAUCUGUUGACCGUGAGGACGCGGACACCCGAAGAGAAUAGUGUAAUAUUUUAGGCCACGGAGAUGGGAUUUUAAUACUGGAAUAAUUUAAUUUAAAGGCCUGCAGAGUCCCGGGUGUUGGAAUUGUGUUGGCAUUUACUCGUAUAAUACAUUUUACCCGACUUAUUCGGUAUAGCUAUAAAAUAUAGUACGUAUAGUACCAUGUUAUAGCCGUUACUGUGUGCAUUUUAUGUUUUGCAGUGCUAUCUGUAGCAGUAUACCGAAACCGUCGCGCGUCAUCGUAUUAAAUAUUAUUAUAAAUAUAAACUGCAGUAUAUACAUUAUACAUCCAACUAUAUAAUAUUUCAAAAUAAUUUUUGAGUAAAAUGUCUAGUUGUUUUAGAGUCAUCGCAGUUUAUCGAAACUUUAUUACGAGUGUAAUAUAAUUGUUGGUAACUUAUAAAAAAAAAAUCUCUAGUUCACCAAACUAGAAAUAUUAUAUAUGUUUAGAAUACAAAAUAAAAAUGUGUUUACUAAUAAAUGACGUCAUAAUGUUUGUUAACAGACAUCUUUAAUAAAUAUGAUUUCCGGAACAAACAAAUAAAAUACAAUUAUAUGUGUAAAUGUUUAUUUUGUUUCCAAAAACCUCAUUUGAAUGACUGGUAUUUUAACAAUUCUCAAAUUUUAGUUUGUAAAAGUACUUACAUUUCAAUAACAUAACUGGGUACGAGGGCUUAAAAAAAAUAUGUAUGUUUUUAAUGAGACUGUACAACUUUUUGGAUCAAACGACCUAGAUAUUAUCAUUGAUAAUGACUGCUAUCAAAUAUUUCGUAGAAACGUCCCACGCGUAUUGUGAUCACAGAUAUGAUGUAGAAAAAAAAAUAAAAGAACAAAUAUACAUAAAUUCAACACUUAACCAAGUCAUGUAUAGAAUAAACAAGCUGAAUAUUUAUUAUUAAAUUAAAAACAACGAAUUGCCAUGGUAAAACUUUUUCAUUAAAUUAAACUUCCACUUUAUAAUAUAUAGGUAUAUAUUAUAUAUUAUAUACAUAUACAUAAAAGUUCACCUGUUGAUACUAUAGAUGAUUUAAUGAAUUUAAUAUUAUGUUGCUAAUUUGGCAACUAAAUUUAGUUUGUAAUUAUUAUUAUAUACACGCGCUGUUUCAUUGUAUAGUAUUAUGGUUCGAAUAAUUAAAAUAGAUUGUGAAAUAUUGCGGACCCCGGAAACAUAACAAUUUUAAAAUACCCACACGAGAAAUUGUCGAACGAUAUAAGGGAGUAUUUUAUAUAAUAUAUAAAACAGACAUGAAUCAUAUCGGGUCCCGAAAACAUUAGUCUGAGUAUAUGGGUCAAAAUUAAAAUCAUUCGAAAGUCUCUCACUAUAAUAUGUUAAUUAUUCGGCUUUUUGCGAUUAUCGAGUCAGCUGAAUAAGCAUUUCAAACCUCUUUAAAAUACUGUAAGUACACACAGUUCUUCCGUAUUUAAUUUUCUGUUCAGUAUAUCUGACUAAUUUAACAAAAAAUGUUUUCCGAACGGCAAAUACAUAGAUUUAAAUCUGUUAUCUCGGCUCAAAACGCAAAAUUUAUGAUUAUCAACCAUGGCAUCACCAACAAAUAAAAUAACCCACCCUUAGACAACGGCAGUUUAACUCAUCACAAUAAUACAAAAAAAUAUAUAUAUAUUCCCAUGCGCCAAAAUCACUAUUUAAAACUGUUUUUGUUGUGAUGUAAUAAAUUGAUUAUGUACCUAUACUUCAUAAUAUAAAAUAAUAAAAAUAAUCCCGAUAAAAUAGUAUGAUUGUAUCACAUAGCACGAGUUUUAAUAUCAAUAAAUGUCAAAACUUGAAAAAUUCCUAUUUUAUUUUAUGUAAUAUUGUUACUUCAGUACCUGUGUUUUAAUAUUUAUAAUCAUGACUCAAAGUGUAUUGAUAUAGAUACUUUUAUGACUUACCUAAAUUAUAGCAAAAUAGAGAAUGUAAUAGUUUAUGAAAUUUACCAUCCAUUUCGGAUAGUCUGGAUUUGUAUAAUCAAAUAUUCAGAAAUAAAUCUUCAAUAACUAUAACUAAGAAAAACUACAAAUAUAUAAUUCUUAAGUAAAAAUUUACUUAUUUUGUUUAAAUAUGUCACACAUUGAAGCCUCUUGGCAAAAUUUCACGUGGAAGACUAGAGAGAAAUGGACUAAGACGGGAAUAGAAAGCAUGAUAUUGUUUUAACACUGUUGAAGUUGUAAAAAUGUUUAUGGCCAUAAAAAGAAGAAUUUAUAAAAUAUAUUUACAAAAUAUGCAAUAUAUGAAAUAGUAAUUUAUUUGUUUAGGAAAAGGUCUAACUAAAAUAUUGUUUAUUGUUUCAUGAUACUAUUGUAUGGAUGGAGAUUAUUUACUAACACGUUAUUGUGUUAUGUUUUAUGUUUUACAGAAGAAGAUAUUGAUGAAUUCAAUAUACACGUAUCGAGGUACAGACCGGAAGAAUUGACUAAGCUCACGAAAACCACCAAGUUCAAUAAAAAAGAAAUCCAAUUAAUUUAUAGAGGCUUCAAACAAGUAAGUGAUGACAGUAACUUCUUCUUUGGGGUCACAAAUGCAUAUAAAAUCGUCUUUUAAAACUAUCCCAUCACAUAUCCAGAUUCCAGAUUUUAAGUCAUCAAUCAGCUAUCUAUAAUUAAAAUUCCCAAAAGUUUUACCAAAAACACAAUUUUAUUCAUAUGGAUUUUAAUAAAUACAAACAAUUAUUUAUAUGUUUCCAUUCUUUUUCUUUAUUAUCAUAAUAAAUAUGAAUAUUAAUGACGGACUAAAACAUAAAUCCCAAUGAAUUCAUCACGUACUUUCCUUGAGUAUUAUAUAAUAUACCUAAAGAAUGUUAUCUAUAAUAUCUGUAAUUUUUUGUUGUCCAAACGUUAAAGUAUAGUCAGACUAACAAAAUAUAUAUAUACCUAUUAUAAGUUAAUCGACUUUUCAUUAUUAUUAAUAAUUAAAAAAUAUUAUUAUCCACAUAAACAUUUUCAAAAGUAAUAUUAUACAAAAUUGGAAAUUUGUCUUGCUUCAAGUACGAUAUAAUAUUGUACCAGGUGAUAAUGAAAAUCUGUAGUCUGUAUUCUUUAUAUACCUUUUAUAAUUAAUCAACAUAUCUUAAAUCGCCGUUGUAUUGCCUUUAAGAUUAGAAAAAUGCAAAUAAAUAAUAAUAUGUAACUUACGCUUCCUAAAAAUAACAUUACAGAAUUUGAAAAUUUCAGAUUUAGACUGAGACAAGGCGAUACUUUAUCUUCCACCAUGUUUUAAUACAUUUUUGAAAUAGUUAUAAGAGGUACACAGGGAAAUUUUUAAAUAAAAUUUUUUUAGAAUAUAACCCUAUAUUAGUGUAUGCAGGUUACAUUUUGAUAUAUGAAGUAGGAGAAUGGGAAAAAGUUGCGUGGAAAGUAGACAAUAGGCCUCCAAAUAAAUACGAAUAAAACCAAAUAAUAUAUAUACAGAGAAAACAUUGAAAAAUAUUAAUACAUAUUACUAUUGGCAUUGAUAUUGUUUUAAUAUGAUAACUGGAUAAAACAAGUAUAAUAUAAAUGUAUAAUUAUAAUAUAAUGAAUUAAAAUUGCAUUAUAAUAAAAAAUAAUUGUAUUAUACUUAAAUUAUACUUUAGUAUAUUGUAUAUCAUAAUACUAUUCAUACUAUAAUUUUUCCCCUUAAGUUGGCAAUGUUGUGAUUAUCAUAAUCACUGACAAGCUUAAAAAUAAGAUUGUAAUGGGAUGGCAAACAGCUUACAAAUGAUUUUUCACCAUUUGUUGAUUGAGUCUGUUUAUAUAUUUAUUAUUUACUAAAAUUAAUUGGUAAUGGAUAUAAAAUAGUAAAAUUUAAAAAAAUAAAUAUCACACCGAAAAUGAUCAUGUUGAAAUUAAACUUAGAACAAGAUAUAGCAAAGUUAGAAUAUCAUACAUUAAGUAAGAUGUUCACCUCGAAAAUUCUUUCAAGAGACACCAAAAGAAAAUGUGCUUACUUAUUGUACUUACUUACUUCUUACUGUCAUGAAUAAAAUAUAAGACAUGGCCUAUAACACAAGGUGAUAAAAGUAACUUAGUGAUAAAAAUAUGUUGGCUUAAUCUAGACCCUGAACUGAUAUCAUACGAGAGAGAGAAUUGGGAAAGACUGUAUUUUAAAACCAGAAAGAUUGGAAUGUGCUAAGCGAAAUAUUGCGUGUGAUAACAAAGCGAGUUAUAAUCUAUAUCAAAUUAAAUAAAAAUAGCGAGAAGACUGUAGCAACAUUGAAUGGACUGUGUAUCAAAAUAUUGAAAAUAUAUAAGAGAAGGAGCAAUAAUUGAGAAUACAGAAGAUCGGGAAUAAUAAAGAUCUUCAAUAGAAGCUUCAAAAGGGCCAAAAAGGUUAAGUUACAAAACUAACUAGUCUAGAUAUCAAUUUUCUAGGCAAAUAUAUGUAUACAUGAAUCUGCCAAAAAACCGCUUCUCUCAACUGUGAAAUAAAUUUUUUAGAUCACUAUAAUUAAUAUGAUUUUAUGAUUUAUUUUACAAUUUUAUUAUUUUCUUGUAUCCGAAAAAUAAAACGAGACGAUUUGAAUUUUAUUUUAGAUUUAAGAUUUGAUCAUGCCUAUAUAAUAUAUUCGUGUUUACACAAUUAAUAUAGAUAAUGUGUUGUAUUUUAGGAGUGUCCUACUGGCAUGGUGGACGAAGAUUCGUUCAAACAUAUAUUUUCACAAUUUUUUCCUCAAGGUGGUAAGUUAUUCAAAUUAAACUAAUAAGUUAUUAGUAAUAACUAUAAUGUGCAAAUUUUCGAUAAAUAUAUUUAAAUUUUAGCCAUUCAAAAUACAUAUUAGUCCAUAUAGAAAAACGAUAUUAGUUACUAUAAAAUAAAAUAACGUAUCAAUUUAUGAUUUUUGCAGAAUAGAGAAAAAAUCCACGAGUACAGUACACAACUUAUAUUAUUAUUUAAUUUCAAAUUAAAAUUAUUAAUGAUUAUAAUGAUAAUUUUAUAUUUAUUUAAUUAAUACAGAAUAUGUGAUAUUCAAUAAAAAAACAAGUUUUGUUUUUUUUUUUAUUAUUAUUUUUAAAUAUAGAUUUAGUUGAAUUGUUAUGCAUUAUCUUUUAUUAUUUAUGAACUGGUUUCCCUAGUAUAUUAUCUAUGUUUUAAAUCAAUUAAUGUGUUUAUUAAACUGUACAAUUUAUUUUAGAUGCCUCUCAAUACGCCCAAUAUGUGUUCAAUACAAUCAAGAGAAAUCAAACGGGAAAAAUUAGUUUCGAGGUAAUUUUUAUUUACGAUUUUUUUUUUAUCUUGUUCUUUAUAAUGACACUCAAAUAAAAUAAAAUUACAUUUUAAAAACCUAGAGGAUAAUAAGUCAUUAAAAUAAUGAAAACGUAAUUCACCAAAGUUCUCCGAAAACUUUGGUAGGUAAAAAUAUAGGUUACCAUUGGUAGUUACUUUAAAGUUAAAGCAGCCAUAAUAGAUAAAUAACGUGAAUAUAAUAUGAUGAUAAUAUAUCGAAAACAAAAAAUAGUACAAUUGAAAAAAUAUUUAAUUUUAAACAUUUUCAUGUUGUCGUCUAAUUAACAAUUUAGUAGAUUAAUGAAUGAAACAAUUUCGAUAUCAAUUAUUAAUCUUGCAGCAAAAUAUUAUGUUGAAUUGUAAAUACAAAAUAUAUAAUAAAUAUUAUAACCAUAAAAUGAAUUAAUACAAUCAGUCUCAAUUAAAAUCAAUACAAAUACGAUUUUACAAGAAUGUAAAAUUAAAAAAAAACUGUUUAAUGGUUCUUUUUAAAUAAUAUAAGUCGACGUCUUGGGAUGUAGCAGAUCUUUUCGUUUAUUUUUUAAUUAUUUAUUCAGAAAUAUGUUUAAUUUAAGUGUUUGAACUAAAAUGUUCGCUCUCUUCUGUUGUACUUUUUUUCAAUUUCUAUACCUAUUAUAAGAUGACAUUUUCAUUAAAUCAGCAAACCGACGUCGUAUUUUUUUUUUUUUUUUUUUUUUUAAAUCUAGUUUAGUUUUAUAUUUGUAUACAAUAUUGUUGAGUGAAAAGUCAAAAGAAAACUUUUUAAUUUAUUUCGAAAACAGGAACGUGCAAAAAACUAUCUACCUAUCCUAAGUAUUUUUAUCAAUGAUUUUCAACAAGUCUGAAAAAAAAAUCCAUUUACCGACUCGUAUCAUAUUAUUUUGUUAUGUGAACAACUGGCAUUUUGUAAACCCAUUGCAGGAAACCUACCAUUAAGUUAAGAAAGUACUUUUUUUUUAUACAAUGAUUUGUUUAAGUUUUUUAGAAAAGUCAACAAUAAACAUAUCACUACUAUAUUAUGUUAUAGUAAUAUUUUAAUAUUAAAUUAAACUUGUUAGAAAUUAACUCUAAAUUAUAUUUUUAAUUAAUAACGUAAACGAUGAAAAUAUUAAAAUAAAUCGACCGGCUGCGAACUAGGUAAACUGUCUAUAAAACACUCUUGUACCUAUAAAUAAAAUAUUGAUUUUUUUUUUUUUUAAAUUUUACUUAGAAUUUUUCAAUUUGCGAAAACAGAGAAAUGUAUACAAAUAUUUUAAUAAUUUCUUGUAUUUCAGUGUCAAUUAUUAAAAUAAACAGUAUUACCAAUAAAUAAUUCCGAGAAUUCAGAAUGUACCUAUUUUCAUGAUACAAUAUUUUUAUUUUUCAAUAUAUAGGUAUAAAAAGAUCGUCUGGAUAAUUUAUAUUCUUCCAGGGGCUUUAAAUUCCACCGGAAUCAUAUACAGUAUUAUAGACCUAUAUAUCUUUUUUUUUAAUACUGCUGAUAUAAAAAUAUAAUUGUACAAAAUAUAUAUAUAUAUAUGUAUAUUUCAGUUAAAAAGAAUCGAUCGCAUUUACUUAUAGAUUUAUAUGUUUAAUAAAAUUAUAAUAAUAUUUUUUCUGAAAUAAAAUAUUAUUAAGAUUUUCAAAUAUUAUACACUCGAUUUAAUUUAAACGUCUGUAACGUGAUUGAGUGAAUACAUUUUAAAAUGAUUUUAUAAUAAAUCAUUUUUUAGUUAAGAGAAUUUUUACAACUUUUCAUUAAAUUUUUAUUUUAAAAAUAUUGUCUAAUCCCUAUAAUGAUGAUAUGAUAUAAAAUUGACUAUAAUAUACUAUAUAUAAAACCAAAAUAUCUAUGUAGUUCUCAGAUUUAAAAUCUAAAAAACGUAUUUAAGUCAAAAUGCGUUUUUGGUUAAACAUUGAGUUCGUUUGUAGAUCGAAAUUAUUGUAGAACAACUAAAGUUCAGAUAACAUUUUUUUAUUAUUAUUAUUCUACUGCAUAAAUCUGAUGUUUACUGGAUAAUCUAUCUAUUUAAAUAAAUAGUAACGUCUAAAAAAAACUUGGAAAUCUAAUAAUAUUACCGAUAUAUGAAUAGGUAUUUACGAUUUUUUUAAAUUACAGGAUUUUCUGGCUAUACUAUCGAAAGUGUCUCGGGGUAGUGUUCAAGAGAAACUCCAUUGGAUUUUCGGUUUAUACGAUCUCAAUAAAGACGGAGUUAUAACGAAGAAAGAAAUGCAAGAUGUAGUACAUUCCAUUUAUUGCAUGCUGGGGAGACAUACCGAUCCGCAAGUAGAUGAUCAAUCUGCAAAAGACCACGUCGACCGAAUUUUUCAUGUAAGUUUAUAAUUGGUCGUUGCAUAACGUACAAUAUUUGCCAUCAUAUACCACGUUAUUAAAAAAUAGCAAAUACUACUGAUAGGUGUUUCACAAUUGUAGGUAGAAAAUUGGAAAGGUAGGACACAUUAAGUUAUUUAAUUAACAAUUAUAAAAUAAUAAAGUAAUCACAAAACUAUUAAAAUGAUUAAUACUCGUAAAUAAAUAUAUAAAUAAAAAUAAAUAAAUGAAUGAAUGCGUCGCCUGUAGUAUUAUAAGUGUAUUAAGUGUAUACAACCGGUUGCGAAUUAAAAAUUCAUCAUCAGGUAUAUCACGGUCAAAAUGUAAAAUACUGAGUCGCCUAACCUCACCUUUGAAACCGGUCGUAUAGUACACUUAUCCUAGUACUCCAGACAACGCAUUUAUUCAUUUAAUUAUUUUUUAUUUGUAUAUUACAUUUUUUAUUUAUAUAUUUAUUUACUAUAUUUAAUUUACAUUUGUACGCCGCAACAAUAAAUUAUUGCUAACGAAAUAAAAUUUAAGUGAAGUUCGGCUUAUCGAUUAUAUAUUAAAGUUCACGAUCAAAAUUUGAAAUUAAAAUGUUUUUAAAAAAAUUACAUCAUCAGGCUCGAUUUUGUUUUAUUUAUCACCAAAUAAUCUUCAUGAUAAACCUUGUGUUAAAUAUUCAAUCAUUUGUAUUUGUCUAAAACAAUCAUAUCCAAAUAAAACCAAAUACAAAUCUAAAAAAAAUACUCGAUAUAAAAAACUUACAAAUACCAAAAAAAAAAUUUUUUAUCAAUUUUACGACGUAUAAAAAAUAGACUUAUAAUAUAUUCUUUAAAAAUUACACAUCUUUAAUACAAUUAUUUUUAACUGGAUUAUAACAAAACAAGAAAUCAGAAAUAAUACUUGUAAUAUAACUUAAACAUUGUAAAUUUCCUUAUGUUUUUCCAAUUAUUUAACAAACUGUUAUAGAGAAUAAAUCGAGUAAAUAUAUUUUUUUUUUUUCUAUAAAGAUGCUAGACAUUAAAAUCAAAGCAAUACUUCUUGUAGAAAAAUUCUUAACAGACAAAAAAAAAACUACAUAGUAAAACACAAAUAUUCCUUACUGCGCUCAGAGUCUAAAAUAUGGUGUACUUGUAAAAUAAAACCUGAAUAUUAUUUUGUAAAUUGUGUGCAUACAAAUUAUAUAUUUGGAUAUCGCCAUCAAGUUGUGAUUUACAAUUUCCUGAAAAAUACGAUAUAUUUCAGAUUCUGAGUGUAAUGAAAUAAAACAAUUGGUUUUACUAAAACGUGUUAAUUUUUCUCAGUAAAAAAAAAAAUUGAUUAAGAAACUUUUUGAUUAGUUCAAAUUGUUCAAAUUAUAGACACCUUAAAAAAUACGAAAUGUUUACCCGGUUUUUUCCUUAUUUGAACAAUUUUCCGAGAUUUUCAACAGUUUUUUAUGAACAAUUAAAGAUCUGACAAAGAAUAACGACACAACGGUAUUACUUUUGUUUGUUUCUGGAUUGUCUUGCCUAAAAAGGAAAAAAAAACAUGAUUAAUGCUACUUGCGUGGUUUUUUGAUUGCAAUAGUUUAUUGUUGUUUUUACAAUGCAGACGACAAACGUCUUAUACUUUACUUUCUUUAAUCGUAUACCUUCAAAACUCCCAUCUACAACACUGACCUACUCAUAUGGUCCGGAUUAUGCCAUCCGUUUGAAUGUUUAAAACUUUUUUGUUUUUGUUUUUUUUUUCCUUAAUUCAAUUCCGGUUUGACGUACUGUUUGAAUAAAAUAGUUCGGUACGCACGUUUCGACCGUAUAUAAAUUAAGUUGUUUGUAAAAAUUACUAUUUUUUUUUUUUGUUUAUAAAGGAAUUUUAUUCUGUUUUUCCAUGUAACAUGUCAGCUGAUCGAUAAGAACAACGACGGUAAUGUAACCCUGGACGAGUUAAUUGAAUGGUGCAGUCGUGACGAGGGGAUACUCCAGUCGCUGGACACGCUGGACACGGUUUUGUGA